UUUUCCGACCGAAGCAAGUCAAAAAGAGGAAAAUCUGCUUUUGGUUGCGUUUUCUGAUACGUCAAUCCGUGAUCCGUCGUCGUCGGCCAGUUUCAUGCAAUUCUCUUUCGUGUCAUCGUCGUCAAAGCUAAAAAGUGUAUGUAAAGUCAGUCCGGGAUUUUUGAGGAAAAAAUUGUGUGAAUUUACGGUGAAAAUUGUGCCCGGAUUUGUUGUGAUUGAGGUCAAAAUGUCCAGUGGAACCGGUCCGCGAGGUCAAGUGCUUUGUUCCGGCUGGUAGAGCCGCUGCCCGUGUUGUGUAUAUCUCUGCGUAUCAGUUGCGAAGUUGGAUGUGGUGAAUGUGAACCGCAGCGACAACUGCCAGUACCGUCUCCCUGUCCAUCAGCUGCUGUGCAGUCGUCGGUAUGUGGCCGAUGUGAGUGCGCGACCCGUAGGACCUCCCUUACGAACCACACAGUGCGAACAUCAACAAUCUAUCCUGUCCGUCGUGUGUCGUCUUGUAUUGCCAGGCGAAAAAUGUGCGUAAUUGGAUCAUUUGCUAAUUGAUGGGACACGGUCGAAUGACGGCAGUAGCAGCAGGAGCUACAUCAGAAAUCUAUUGCCGAAAAGCCACACUUCGCGACGAGUGUGGCUUUGGUUUAACGUGGUCAGUCAGACUUCGAGUGUGCUAAUUAUUGAUGUUUGAAUUCAUCAUCCUUGACCCGUGAUAACGUGUUAGAAUAAUUGGAGCAGCUUACUAAUUAAUACGGAACCCGAAUGUUAUCGAACUGAGUGUAGACGUUAAAGUUUUUAGUAAGCGGGACGUUGUUUUCGGUUGUCUUUGUUUCUUUGCUUGUUUUGAACCUAAGUGCAAUCGUGGUAAUCGUGAAAAAGUGGUUGAAUACUGGCUGCGACCGUUAGAGUUGAAGAGGAAGACAUAAUUGAAACUACGGACCGCAUCUUUGGUGGUGGUGUGGGUGCCUCAUCCCAGAAACAGAGAUUUUCGAUGGUAAAGGCACCUGUGUUACCCUCUGUGCCACAGCAGCAGCAGCAGCACCAGCAACAACAACAGCCGACAUAUUGUCUAAAAGAGGUCAUCGGCCAACAGCAGCAGCAACCGAUACUGCAGCAGCAACAUUUUCAUCAAUUCUCAUUUCCACCCCCGACAACGCAAUACUUCCAAAUAGGUUCGGUGAAGAAACAUCGUCGUCAGCAGAUGGCGACGGAACCACCGGGUGGCGGUGGCGGAGGUGGAAGUGGUGUAGUAUCGGUAACACCGACCCCGACAACUACGACCACAGCGGCCAUCGCAGUGGUGGCCCCAACUGCUCGUACAGUUCCGGUAUCGGUUGCAGCACCCUCCUCAGCUAAUGGCGGCAUUAGCGCAACGCAAAUCUUGUCCAUACAGCCGACAGGGACGAAUCAACGGAUCCAGCCGAUGCACCACAUCCAUCACCACCACCAUCAUCAGCUGAUCAAUGGCAUAGCCACGGUGGCCACGGCUAGUGCCGCGGCUGGAGCUGCGGCCACCAUUGCUGCUGCUACUGGUGGUCCGAUGCCGGCGAAUGCAGCGGCGGCGGCGGCCGCUAAUGCCGCAACAUGGCCGAUCGUGGAACCAGUGUUUCAUUUUGGGCCCGGGUUCGAACCCCACUCACGGCCUUAUUGUGCAGCGCAUACACAGCCUUCGGAGCACGUGGUGCUCUUUCACGUCAGCAUGGGCGUAUCGGUGACAUUCCAAAUUGGCAACAAUCGUGAGAUCGUACGAGGUCCCGUUACCGUGCCGAUGGUGUCACAGAAUGGUACUCCUCCGAUGGCAAUGCCGGUGCAGGUUCCGCCGGGCCAUGUGAUGCAGCAAAUCGUCGACGAGAGCGGCACUCUGCGGCAUGUGAUUCUGUCCACCCAGCACCAACAGCUGGGCCAAGGCGGCGUCCACCACCACCUGCAAGGGCAUUUUAUCAAUGGCUCAACACCGCAGUUCUUCAAUCCUCUGGCAGCCGGUUAUCAGGCCGGGCCGGGCUCCGGGGCGCCGCACCUCUACCAAUCUCCCAUUAUGGCCGGUGCUGGAGUGGGCGCAACAGCCGCAGUGGCCGCAGCGAACGCUGGUGCUGGUGGGGCUGGUGGCGGAACCCACACCCUGCACACGCCGCAGACCAAUGUAACCCACUCGCCAUCGCCACCGCACUCCAACAACAACCAGUACCACAAGGAUGAGCGAGCGAUCAGGCAACACUCGAAGCUGGUGCGGAAGCUGGAAAAUCAAAAGCAAAGGGAACUGAAUGCCUCCAUUGUAACGCCAAUCAAUUCUCCGCGGAAACACACGGAAGUGAACGGAAAUGUUCGCAAGCACCAGCUUCAACAACAAUCACACCAGCAACAACAACAACAACACCACCACGUGCAUCAUCAACUGCAACACCAACAUCUGCCGCAACAACACCAACAACAUCUGCACCCGAAUUCCGCCAUCCAGAGAAAUGGGACUUCAUCCGUGGCAACGUCCGAAGAUGGCGAAGAGUCUUCCAGCAUGCCCGACGAGGAAGACGACACUCAAACCAUCGUGGACCACUUGAGUUCCGUACAAUCGCCACAGGUGAACGAAAUAACUUCCCGAUCGGCCCUGUUCCAGUGGACUGUCCCAAUUCCUCUGCCACCGAACGAAACACUCCCAUUCAAUGCGCAGGAUCUGCACUACGAAGUGCUGUUGAGCGAUCCUGGAAAAGAGAACAAGUAUAAAAGCAUUUUCAAGGGCAAUUCUUUGAGUUGCAUGGUUCAAGAUCUAAAGCCUGGCCAAGAGUACACCGUUAGAUUGCAGGUUUAUCUGGAGGCGUUGCAUGGAGCCCCGACGGAGCCUACGAUUUUCAACACGCCUGCAUGCGAACCGGAUGUCCCGAAGGCGCCCACGCUAUUAGCCAGGAUGAAGAACUCCCUCCAGCUCCGCUGGAAUGCCGCUGCGGAUAAUGGCGCACACAUUACCAAUUACGUUCUGGAGUACGACAACGGAAAGUACAACGGAAUGAUUCAUCUGAUUAAUCCCCAAAAUUGUGAUUUUGUUGAAGUGUGCAAAACAAAGGGUAAGCAGUUUACUGUCAACAAAUUGCACCCAUCAACGAACUACAUCUUCCGACUGUCGGCCGUCAAUGAGUACGGACGAAGUGGAUAUUCAGAUUUGGUGAAGUUCAACACUGCCGGCAAUCCACCAAGCCAACCGGCACCUCCUACGUUGCAACACGCAACAGCAACCUCGCUCAAACUCGCCUGGCAGCGACGUUCGCCGAGCGAGGGAUUCACACUGCAGAUGAAUGAUCUGGACCAGGGUUAUGGAUAUAAGAAUAUCUACACCGGGCCUGAUACGGUUUAUGAAUGCCUAGGUUUAAGACGAGCAACGACAUUCCAAUUUAGAGUAAAAGCAGAGAACGAGAACGGCGUCAGUCCGUUCAGUAAGGAAGUGGUGUUUAAAACUAUGCCGUCCUGUCCGAGUCGGCCGGCUAAACCUCAAGUGAAAGGAAAAAUACACGCAACAGGAUUCAAGGUCAAAUGGGACCCACCGGUUGAUACUGGUGGCGCUGAUAUAAAUUUGUACCAUUUGGAGAUCAGUUCUGGUGCAAUCUACGAACGAAUAUACACUGGAAAAGAGUCGGAAACGAUCAUUGACCGACUUAGUCCAGGGACGACUUAUCAGAUAAGAGUGCUUUGCGAAGGUCCUGGGGGAAUAAGUGCAUUUUCUGAUCUGAGUUUGGUGACGACUGAACCGGAAGCGCCCGGGGCGCCUCCUAGACCACGCUGCAACGGAGCUCCGACCCCUUACGCAGCAUGUUUGAUAUGGGAGAAACCGGAUUACAACGGAGGUGCACCAGUUCUAGAGUACGAGAUGGAAGUGGAGAUGACCAACAGAAGCCGAAAUUCGUGUUAUCGAGGCAAGGAUCAAUUUUGUGUGGUUAAAGAUCUGAGGCCAGGCGAGAUGUAUACGGUACAGGUACGUGCAAUCAAUCGUAUCGGAGCAGGAGGGUGGUCUGAGGAAUACAGCUUCCAUGCAGGAGCUGCUCCACCAAAUUCUCCCAAGGAUCUAAACAUAACCCUAAAAUCGCCAACUCAUCUAGCUGUGAUCUGGGACGAACCGCAUUGUAAUGGAGCACCAAUCAGUGAAUACAUUCUUCAAUCCAGUACCUCUUCCGAUACAUUGCCACCAUCAUCGGAGGAUCUGCUCUACCAAACAGUCUAUCAAGGUCUACAACGAACAGCUGAUCUGAAAAAUCUUACACCUUUUACCAAUUACCAUUUCCGAGUAUGUGCUGUCAAUAGCGCUGGAAGCUCUCGCUAUUCUGCAACCUUCUUGCAGAAAACCCCGGCGGCACCGCCAAAUGUCCCUGUUUUGGGGCAGCACAAAAUAACGGCCAGAAGUAUACUUAUUUUUUGGGAAACGCCCCAGUGUAAUGGUUCCCCUAUAACCCAAUAUAAAAUAGAAUGCGGCGAUCGAGUUAUUGUUGUUGAAGCCGCUUCAACUUUGUGCAGAAGAAGUAACGAACAAUCAUCAGCCAAAAAGUUCGACGAAAUAGAAGAAAGCGACGAAGACGAGCAAGAUGAUUCUGAAGAGGAUGAGGAAAAGGAUGACCAGGAAGAUGAUUCAUCCGAAAAUAUGACUGACAGAACAGAAGCGAAUUUAGUAGAACCUAACACAAACACCACGAAUGCAAAUAGCACAAAUCGAAAUGAGAUGCUUAUCGAAGAAUUGCAUCCGGAAAGCCCCUACAGACUUCGGAUACAAGCGGUGAACGAAAUCGGAAAUGGUCCGUUCUCACCUUCUAUAAAAUUCACCACAGCACCACUGCCACCGAAACCACCGAAACUAGAAUGCAUUCAGGCCGGAUUUGCCCACCUGAAGCUGCGUUGGGGUGAAGGCAAGAAUCUAGCAGACCUCGCUCGGUACUACGUCGAAAUGGAGAACAACCGCACCGGAGAGUACCAAAACGUAUACACAGGAACCCGAAGCACGUGCAAGGUGAUGAAAUUGCAUGAACUUACCUCCUACACAUUCCGGAUAGCGGUCGAAACGAAACAUGCGGGAAUGGGUGACUUCUCGGAGGAUUUCGUCUUUGCCACUUUGGCAGCCACACCGAACACCAUCAAGGCACCACGAGUGUACGUCGAACCGCUGGGAGGUAGCGGCAACAGUGCCAACAGUUCUCCACAGCAUCCUUCGGCCACGGCGGCAAUUUCGUCGAAUGGUAAUGUGAGCGGUGCGACGACUGCCGUACAGGGCAGCACGCAUCUAACGACGGGUGCACCAGCGCCAGGGGCUUCGACUCCACUAACUAUCGAGUGGCAAACUAGUCGGAACAAUCCGUUCUCCGACCCGAUCGAGUACGUACUACAAAUGGCGAAGGCGAAGGAUCAAGAGUUUAGCGAGGUUUAUCGCGGUCCUGACACAAGACACACCAUCCAAAAUCUGAUCUACGGCUUGCCUUACCUAUUCAAAGUGUGCCCCGUGCGAAUCCGGUCCAAUGGCGAGGAAAUUCACGGCGUAUUUUCCCCGCUUUUGCACCAUCAAUUGACCCCGCACAGGACCCCGUUCGGGUCUCAUCCGCGUCACUCGGCCCACGACGAGGUGGACGGUGCUUCCGGCACGAAGUACUACGCCGGCAACGUAGUGAACCGGCGAGGUGAGUUGAUCCUUAACAGUUCCGAUUACCACCAUCAUUCCGGAUCGACAUUGUGCGCUAGUCCGAAUGCCGGCGCUACCGCGCAGUCACUGCUCCACCUGCCCAAGGGAGGCAACUUGGUGCAGACGAUAUCGGAUCUGCUGGAGGCCGAUUCCAGUAAAGCCGUGGUCGGCGUUCUGGUGUUUAUCGUUUUAUCGGUUAUUGUUGCAGCUUUUCUCAAGUGAGGGAGGAAUUCGCGAGCGGCGAUCGAUUCGUGGUAGGUUCUGUUGUAAAUUUAUCUUCUGGGAGCAAACUAUUCAAAAAAAAAAACAUUCGAUUCGAUAAAUAACGAUAAAUUUACAAUCAUAUGCAUGUGUGGAGUAAUGAAUCUAACAACUUUUAGUCAACGCCUUUGUCUUGUCCUUUCGAGUGUUGAGAACGAGUUGAGACGAAUCAUCCUUUGAUGUGCUGAAUGUUCGCUGGACCUAUAUUACACGGAAUAUGCCCUUGUGGUGCACGAUUUUGUAAAUGAUCGUUUCGAAGGCAAAGACCUGCCUUUACAAGCAUUUGUCUAGGGCAAUGAAGAUCAGUGCUUGAUGUUUUAUUUAUCAGAAAGCACAAAAGGCUCUUGUGAUCAAUGCUUGAGUCCUACAAAAUUAUGAAUGUCUCAAUCGAUUAUUACCCGGAACAUGUCCUUUAAGUUCCCUAACAUGUGCUUGGUUAGAGAAUGAAAGGGUAUGCUUUUAAUUAACACUUGAACCUCAUUAGCACAAUUUAUCACUAAAAACGAUCUUUGAAAAUUGUAAUAUCAGUCUCAGAAGAGUUAGAACUUUUGACCAAAUUAUCUACCAAUUGCCUACAGAAAAAGAAGAAUACAAAAAAAUCGGUUUACGUUGCCAACAGAUUGAACACGUGGGCCGUCGUUCUUUGGUCUUGGUGAUAUACUCCAUUCAAAUGCUAAGAUGAUGAUUCGCGCAUCCAGCGACAAAUGUAUUAAAAUCUAUCCAAGUUACAAUCUUUCAAACUUAUUUUUAGUAAACAAUCGUUCAUUGAUGGUUUGAGUGUUAAAAUGGACAAAAUUUGAAGAACAAUAAUCAAAGGAACAACACGAAGUGAAUGAUCUGUAAAUGAAUAUUGGUGUCAUCGUUAUCACUGCUACAAAACUACUCUUACUACCACUAUUAUUGCUACACUGCAAUUACAAAGCGAAUCUACUAAUAACUACAAAUUACUGGAACAAAUAAGCAGACAAAAGAAGAUCAUAACAAAUAUAUCUAAGCGAGCAUGCGACUGAACCGAGUCGUACAUUUUAUCAGCAUUAUUGUGGUAAAACUGUGGACAAAAUAGCAACAAUUGGUAACAGGAAAGGUGAAGAGCUUCUCUGCGGUGUUCUCGAUCCUUGUCGGACGAAGGGAUGUUUAGUAUUCAAAGGUAACGCAAUGUUCAAAAAUUGAAUCGCGCAGCAAAGAUGAGGUACCGCAAAAUUUAUUAUAUGUUAAAUUUGCUAUAUUGUUUAUGUUAUACUUAUUCUCAAUUAUGACGACGCAGCAAGGAGAACGCAAACCGCAAUGGAAAAUAAACGUAACAAAACGGUAACAUAGGUAAAAUAUACGUGCAGGUUCACUUAAAACUGAAAGUGGAAAUGAGCAGAAAAAUGAUAGAGUGUCCUUAUUAUACGCUUAGAGAAUGAGAAAGGGAAGAAUCGAAGAAGACGGGGGAAAACCAUUUUCUGUCCAAAGUUUUACAAGUUUCGUUUUUGUGGUAAUUGUUGUGGCGAGAAAAUUGUACCAAUCGGGGAGGAGGGUGCGUUGUUUUUUUGUUUAGGUUAUUUUGCCAGCGAUGCGCUUUGUACGGGAAUAAGUAUCAAAACAUACAGCGAAAGAGUAAAAAUGAAAUCGAAAACCAAGAGAAAAGUAAUAGCCAAUAAAACAAGGUAAUCUAUAGUAUUAUUAUUCAUAACUAAACAAGAAUCAGAGUGCUUGUUGCUGAACUGCUAGAGACGGGGGUUUCGGGACGAUCAACCCAGCGGAUGGAUACGACCUUUGCAUAAGCCUCAAAAACAAUAGAUUAGAACCGCGACUGAUGACGGAGGAUAAUAAUGAAGUGCGUUGAUUGUAAACCGAAUACCCAAAUUACACAUACUAAUAAACACAAACACGUACACACUUACAGACAGAGUCAGACAUGCAGAAGAAAAGCACAUAGUGGUAUACAAAACAUUUUUUCUCUCUAUUAUUGAUGCAAUCGCUAAAUAAGCCAGAAUACACACUACGAAAUAAUACUGAAUGCAUUCCAUAAGAGGUCUUUUUAUUUUAAACUCUUAUUUUAUUACAGGCAAUAUACUUAGAACGAGAAUCAAAACGUUAAACACCAAUUAUAAUAUUAGGAGAUGAAUUAAAUAGGUUUUCCGAUUCCGACUUGAAAACUACUGAACAAACACACAAUCCACUAUAGUGCAUAACUACAGUUAGUAUCCAAUUAAGAUCUGAAUAUCACCUUUUUUUCUACCCUCGAAACAAUAAACCUUUAAACAAUACAUCGUCUUCCGAGAGCACUCCUGGUGAACACUUUAGUUAGUUAUUAAUUUCAAAAAAGUCGCUAUUCUCGCUUCAGAACAUGCUCCAGCAAUGAGGGUCAUAAAGUUCAAAAUAUGAGGUUUUUUACAUAAAUCUGUAGCAGACUGAAAAUGUCCACAUGACAAAAAGCUUGAUAAAUAUUUGUUCAUUAUGGCGAAAAGUGUGUUUGAUUGAUUAUGAACAUUCAGCAAAAUAUUUUAGGAAAAGCUCCAAGCAAAUCUGAAUCUAAUUAUUUAACACCAAAUCGCCUACCUACUUUUUUCUUAAACAGUCGUUUGCACUUUAUUCACGUUAUUCUUUCCAAAGGAUCUUGAAUUUGUUUGUAAUCUGAUAAAUUGACACUCCCAAGAUCCAAACAGUAUUUUAUAGUUUCCCUCGUGCAGUCCAGCAUUGUUCUGCACAUGGAAAUUACCGACACGUCAUUGGCAUACCAAACUACGAAACUACGUGCCCACCCAUCAUCUCCAGCCGUUUCAUCAGAGGGUACAGAUAUAGUACGAACAGAUACACAAAGAGUUGGUCCCCUUAUCGAACUGAUCCCUCGAUUGGUGACGGUUUUGAUAGAUGUCCAGUCCAUUAACGGUGAUCCGCGACGAUAAAAGCUCUCCUAUUUUGUUAAGCAAGCAAACGAAGUUCGGAUCAAAAUCGAGUGAGCACAUGCUCCUAGUGAUGAAGGAGCGAUCCACGAAAUCAAAAGUGUGUCGAAAAUCAAAAAAAGCCAGCAGUCCUCAUUAUUUAGAUUUUUUUCAUACUAACUAUGCGGUCCUUAAAGAGCAAAAUGAAAACAUUUUGGGCCUUAACAUGGUUCAUUAUGGUUUCUAGUCGGUGAUUCAGAACCCGGGGAAAAUUGAUCAUUCUGUUUUCUUCGCCAAAACGAACACGCUGUCGACGAAGUCGGGCUGGAAAUUUACGGAAAGCGCUUCAGUCAUGACCAGGAUGAGUAAAAAUAUCAAAAUGUUCUGAGGUAGAACUCACGUGGUAUAGAGUCUUAUCCGGAAGAUUUAUAUGGGCUGGUUGUUUUGAUUGCUGCGAAGAGGACAGCUGGAGUUUUUUCCUUCGUACAUCGGCUGUUCGUCGGAUUGUUCUCGGGGAUCAGCUGGGUAGAACAAGUUGAAAUGCUUCAUCAGAGCCAGUGCUCCCCGCAUUUGGAGCUCUCUAAAAGAAAUUUAUCAUGGGGUGUAGCCUCCCGAAUCAGUUCUCUAUCAUGACAGCUUGCGAAUAAAGUCUCUCGCGGUAUGCUACAUAUCGUAUAUGUAUACAGAGAUGAUAAGUGAGAGACUUGUUAUUUCUCUUUAGGAUUCAAUCCCUGCCCCGGAUAUAAAAGUGUCAUAAAAUUGGAAAAAGUUGUAGAGUUAACAUAUGUGCAGGAUUCCGGGUUGAGCAUGCGAGCGUGCGUCAUACCCACUCUUCAUCACACAACCCCACAAGUGUAAAAAGUACAAGAAAAUGACAAUUUGCUGCUCCCAAAAUGCAUACAGCUGCUGUGCUCUAAGGUGGUUAUACAACAAAGCCACAAAUCGGCCAUCUUGGAAACCACGUGCUUUUUCUAGUGAUUUUUUAAGAGCACGAAUUGAAAGAACAACGACGCCCAUGGGGAUCACAACAUCUGUAGAUCGUUUGAUUACUCAUGCUAAGCAAUCGACUUUAAUUUCAGCAUUGUACAAAAAAAAUACGCUGGUUUUGAACUUUUGAUAAUAGGAGUAGAAAACCGUGUGGUGAAUUUGAAAUUCACCACAUGGCUUGAUUGUAUAAUCACCCUAAAUCUUCCAUGUAAAUAAGUUGUUGUGAGCGCCUAAACAUAGACCUUUUUUAUACACAACAGCAAAACACACGCGACCAAAAAUAUUUCCGCUCUUUAAGGAUCAUGUUUCUCACGACUUUAAUCACACGCACGUGUAAACGCUCUCGAGUGUGAAUCAAUAUUCUUGCCUUUACUUGUAAAAUCUCUACACAUUUCAAGAAGAAGGGUGAGAAGUGGCCAACCCUGGCAGUAUUAUGAAGGUGGAUGAAAGAUUUCCUCGAUUUCCACCGAAAGAAGGAACAAGAUGGAACAUUUCGUCGUUGUCGAGUCCAACUUGGAAUUCCUCUAUAUUUGCUGCGGCCAAAAGGAGGAACGGUCACGAAGGGCUAUGUCCAUUGACGCUGCAAAUCGUUGUCCUUUGUAUCCUAAGAGCGAUUAGUUCUCCGUCCAAGCUCUCCUCGAUUUCUAAAAACUGUAUAUGCUCUAUUUUUGUUUCUCUUUUACUGAGAUUGCACAAAACUAUUUAAUUUGCCUUAUUCGCUAUGGUGUCGAUAAUCAUUGAGGCGACAUUUGAGCUGUUAAAGUCAUUCCAUUAGCAAAUCUCCCGGCGGUCGACUACCAUGGUUGCUAUAACCCCUUCAUUUAUUUUCUCUAUUUUGAGCUUCUUUUGAAACGGUGAUAAAUACGGUCCAACCAGCAAAGGCAAUUGCGGAUCAAUCACACUUAUCCAUAUUCUCUUUUCUCAAGUACGUGCUUUUUUUGUAGCCUACAGUAUCGAAGUGUGUUUGUUUACCAGCCGAUGAUUUCAACAACGUCUCAAAUUGUAGUAGCGCUCGGCUUUGUCCCGCACAUUCAAAGGACAAUAUGUGAUGGAUCGCCAUCAGGUUCCCAGCGGUAGGCAGUGGAUAUUUUUGCAUUUUUCUCCAUUCUAUAUCGCCAAUGAAAAAUAAAUAAUGCAACAUUCCUCCAGGGAUUCCGCCGGGAACUCCGAUGAGAAUUCUUUAGUGGUUCCGAAGGGAAUGUUCCGGGGAUUCCUCCAAGCAUACCGAAGAGAACCCUCCAGGGAUUAUAAAUCCUCCCGGGUAGUCCACGGAGAACCUCAAAGGAUUGCGACGGGAUUGUUUUAGGAAUUCCAACGGGAACAUUUUAGUGAUUCCGACGGAAAUGUUCCAGAGUUUUCUACGGGAAUGUUCCAGGGAUUCCAAUGUGAAUCAUCUAGGGAUCCUUCAUCCUCCAGGAAUUCCUAGGGGAAUAUUCCAGGAAUUUGAACGAGUAUGUUCAAGGGAUUCCGACGGAAGUAUUCCAGGAAUUUUGACGGGAAUGUUUCAGAGAUUCUGUCGGAAAUCCUCCAGGAAUUCUAACGUGGAUGUUCCAAGGAUUUCGUAGGCAAUGUUCCAGGUAUGUAGAAGCAAAUCGUCGAAGGAUUCCGAAGCGAAUCGUUGAGGGACUCCGAAUCAAUUCUCCAUGAAUUCAGAAAAGAAUCUUCCAGCGAUUCCGAAGGGAAUCCUCCAGGUAUGUUGAAGCAAAUCGUCGUAAUUCGUCGAAGGCUUUCUAAGCAAAUUGUCAGAGGGAUUCGGAUCGUCAAGGGAUUCGGAAGCAACUCAUUGAGGGAUUCCGAGGCAAAACGUCGAGAGACUCCGAUUAAAUCUUCAAUUCCUAAGUAAAUGUCCGAAUGAUUCCGAAACAAAUCUUCGUACGAUUCCGAAGCAAAUCAAAAAGGCAUUCUGAAGCAAAUCCUUAAUGUAUUAUGGUAUCCCCUACAGAUUCUCAAGGGUAUCCCUCAACGAUACCGAUAGGAAAUCAGUGUGAAUUCUUCUGGAUUCCGGUUAGAAUACUUCGAUAAUUCUGAAAAGUAUUCUUUAGAGAUUCCAAUGAGAAUUCUUCUCGGAUUCUGAUGGAAAUGUUUCUCAGAAAUGAGAAACAAGCUCAUUUGUCUUCCUCUCAUUUCUUUAUGAUAAGGUGAAUAUGGGAGAUAACUCUUUGGUCUUCAAACUUUUUCAGUAAUUCAUUAUGCUAUAUGUUGAAAAUUGCGGGCCCUCCUUAGCCGUGCGGUAAGACGCGCGGCUACAAAGCAAGACCAUGCUGAGGGUGGCUGGGUUCGAUUCCCGGUGCCGGUCUAGGCGAUUUUCGAAUUGGAAAUUGUCUCGACUUCCCUGGGCAUAAAAGUAUCAUCGUGCUAGCCUCAUGAUAUACGAAUGCAAAAAUGGUAACUUGGCUUAGAAACCUCGCAGUUAAUAACUGUGGAAGUGCUUAAUGAACAAUAAGCUGAGAAACUUGUAGAUCCGAUCGUUUGUAAUGUCCUCCGACAAAUCGGUUAGCUUCACCUGUAGAACAAUCGAACUUUUAUUUCUGGAUCCUGGACUGAGGCUAUAUUCUGUAUGUAAUUACAUAUCCAUCCCAUAGUUGCAGAGUUUCCUAUUCAUAUGGAACGAAUAUGCGAUUUCAAGCAGAAUUGGAUCAAGUCAGGUUAGAUAAACCCACCGCCCAGUAGCAUUCUGGUUUUAUGCUGGUUUUAUAGAAGCCAUGAAGAGCAAAUAAUGGUUUUCAUGACCGUAAUAAAACUAAAAAUUUUACUUGGGGCGGUUCGAUAAUGUUCAGUGGUUGGUAUCUGUCUAACUCGUUAUUAACUUUUAAUUGGAAAGCCACCAAUAUUUUUGGUUUCAGAUACAUCGUCACCUUCGUCUCACGAAAAUGCGCGGGAUGAAAUUCCUAAAUAGGUAAAAGGUAAAAAUAAGUGAGGUACCUACCAGUCGUUCGAUUGACGUUCAAACAAAAAUAUUUCGUUCUAUAAGUCAUGGCUUACUCCGAUACUCCUUCGAUAUACUUCAUUCCGAUGACUUCACGAUUCUUUUUCAGUUUCCCGAAGACCGAAGGUUUUAUGAGUCCAUCAGCUAGUUCAUAUGUGACAAGUUCAAUAUUGAUCAUUUUCUUUCUAGCGCAUCUCGAAUAUAAUGAUGCCUUAUAUCUAUAUGCUUAGCCCAAUGAUUAUAAUGUAAUUGUGCUUUGAUUAGGACAAAAAAAGGAACUGCAACAACUUAUCUCUAGUCUACCACGAGGCCUCCUGAAUAGCUGCGGACAGCGCGAUUCAGCUAAGCAUGUAGUGGGCAUCAUGGUCAUUUUUCCAAAUCAAUGGAUUUUCAAUACCAUUCGGGGUCCCAAACAACUGUGCGAAGUUUGAGCCUGAUUGGUUGCUUCCUCGCUUUCCGCAUCGCGUUUGAAGUUUGUAUGGAAAUUAGUAUAGGAGAACGUUCAUUUUUGCAUUUUUACUUCUAGAGGUUUCAGUUCAUCGUAGGAUGCCGAAAAACAUUGCUGAAGAAGGUACGUUGCAAGAAUGUCCACCAAAAAAACUGAUUUUUGCUAAAAUGUCCACCAAAAAAUAUAUUUUUUUUUAAUUAUUGAUCGGAAUCAUUUCUCAACGUUAAAAUCGGGUCAAGAAUAAAAAAGGAUUUUGCCCACAAAUAACCAUAUGUACCCUAGUAACAUUUUAAGUUUUAUAACGCUCUUGAAGACAAUAAUUCACUCUUCAAGAGUGUAAUAAAACCAUCAUAAAACCAAAAUGUUACUAGGGUAGCCUGAUAGUGCUGGCAGAAACAUUGAAUUCUUCCAUAUGUUUUGAACAAUAAAUCUUCAAAGCGUUAUAAUAUUUUUUGUAGAUGUUCCAGCAACGUACCUUCUUCAGCAAAGUGUUUCGGCAUCUUUCAGACUAUAUGCUAACGUAAUGAGUCACGUAAUUGACGUGAAGCCGCUAAGGACAGAAAUGUAAAAAAGUACAAUUUCCUAUACUAAUCUCCAUAUAAAUUUAAAACGCGUUGCGGAAAGCGAUGACGCAAUCAAUCGAGUCCAUAUUUUGCACAGUUGAUCGGGGUCCCAAAACGAUUAAAAAAAACCUUGAUCUCACUUGAUUGGAUGUAGCUUGCGUUUUUCCAUGCAAAUGCGCCCACUCUAAUGUAGAUAGAGCGAUGGUUGGUUGCCACUUGCAGCGGUAAUCGCUCUGCGUUGCUGCAUGAAUAGGUAUUGGCCAUUCGAUUUAUCUCGGCAAAAUUAGUUGGUGACAUUUUCUUGUUAAGCUUUUCAUUCAUAGCUGCUUUUGUUAGUUUGAAGUAGCUAUAUUGAGCUUAACUAACACCUAAGCUCAUUGAUUCUUUUAUUUCUAUUCAACAGAUACAGCUAUUGGUUUCUUCUAAAUCAUUCAUAAGAAAAUUCUUGUUCAAAAACAUGUCCAUACGUUCUAUUCAUUCGUCAUUAAGUGGGUAGUGGGUAGAGAAAAUCAUAGUUUAUGUUCAUCAAGUAAUAAAAGUUGAAUAUAAUAUGGCUGGAUUAAUAAUUAUUUGCGAGCGUCUUAGGGGAAAAUGUUACACAGUUUUAAAUUUUUUGUCUUCCUUUUACUUCCACUAAUUUGUUUUUUGGUAUCUACACAAAUACGUAUUUCAUCCACUACUUGUGGACAUCUUCAGUGUGUUGUUUAUCGAUAAACUCUGCCUGGACUUAGGUACAGUUAUUGAUCAACGCAUAGUACUCCUCUUACAUGGCUACAAAUCACUUCUCUUGGAACUUUGUACGGUCGUGUGAAAUAUUGAUCACAAUCUUGUUAACGGUAAUCAUAUUCACUGAUAGUUGAGGAAUGUACCGUACUUCCUUGACUUCAAGUUCUUUCUUACAGCGCUCUUGAGCUUUAAUGGUCAAUUAAUCCUUAUAAGCCGUAAGAACAAUACCGCUUGAAGGUUACUUAUCUUUCAAUAGCACCUUAUUGUGUAUCAUGUGGACCGUUGCUCCUUAAACGAAAAAUCAAUCGAUGUUGAUUUUCAAUUCUAUUGACAACAAAACAGUAAACCAAAUGUUUUAUCCUGCUUACUUCGGUAAUAUUUUGCUAUGUGUCCAUGUUUCUUGUAUUUGAUGCAUUUCGGCCCCUUCACGUCUAUUCUCGGCAGUAAGUAUCAAUUCUCUAUUCAGAUGAAAAAGCUUUAUAUUUUGAACUUCAAAUCAAAGUGUUAAUUAACAUGAAUUAAAUUACGACACCUGAAAGUUCUCCAGUAGUGCGAAAAAAGUCCCAGGAUUCCAUUAAACUUUUAAUUUUUUAUGAUACAACACAAGCUGAGGAAAUAAAUGCUUUCGGAUAUUAGCGAUCUGUCGAGAAAUAGAAAAAUUACACUUUCCCAAAACCAGAUUCAAGUGCAAUUUAUAUUUGACUUUCAUUGACAAAGCGUUUGCCAGCGACAUGCUGUGCGAAGAGAUAGGAGUUGAGUUAUAUGUUUAUCUAUUGAGACAUUUAUUUUUUCCUCCCGUAAAAAUACUGCAAUUAUAUAGGAAAACUUCUCUAACAAACAAACAUAAAAUUAGAAAAUCAAUAUGACAUUAAUUAUUUUCUUUUCUUGUUAAGUUUAAUAAACAUUUUGAGGACGUAUGCAAUAUGAAAAACAGGUAGAACGCAAUGCAUUUUCAUGUAUUAUAUGGUUUCUUUCUUUCUAACCUCGAUAGACAUCAUUUAUUUACAAUUUUAUUUAUCACUGUUUUCUGCAGAGAUUUUCCUAUUUUAUUUACUGAUCAUGUUGUAUAUCGUAGUAAAGCAAUCUAUUUUCCUCAUAAUAAUAUCGGUGUUUGGUCUAGCCGAGUAUAUUAAGAAAAAUAUGUGUCGAAAUUUAAUAACGUUCCGAACUAAUUUUGAUUGUUCGUUGCAAUCAAAUCUUGAAUUCAAAUUUGGUUAAAAAAUACCGUUUCAUAUUUCUUAAACAUACUUAUUUGACACAUUGAAAGUUUGAGAAACUUGAAUUGAAUUGUAUUAUGAACUCUUUAAUGUUUUUGAUUUAAAAAAUCUUUUACCGGUGCUUUCAGAACAAGGAUAACGCGCUAGACCAAUAACUUACGGAUCAGAUAACAAGUUCUUUUUAUUUAUAACACAGAGCUAUUAUUCGUUUUAUCAAACCAACAAAAAUUUAAACCAUUAACAGUUUUAUUAUAAAUCAUAGUCUUUAAAAUAGUCCGUUACACUUAAAAUUAAUAGACACUCACAAAUGAUUAGAGAAACAAACAAAAACCGCAAUUGUUCAUACCGAUCCACUACUUAUAAACAGCAUCCGCAUUUCUUGCUACGCCAAUCUCAUUUUAAACUCACAGCAAGCAUUCAAUCAAAGACAGUGUAACAGUUUGCUUCAAAUGUUGCCCCAACGCCAGUUGGAUUCAAAACCCACACCACCAGUAACAGUAACAACGCGGAAGUCAUGCAUGAACCCGAGUUCCAGUCCAGGUGAAUUGUAUUUGGCCAACAGAAUCGCACAGGACAGAAGUAUAAUAAAUGGGUUCGACGAAAAGAAAAUAACGAAAGAAAGAAUUUCAUAUGAAACGAGUGGGGAACGCAAAUCUAGGUUUCUUGUAUUUAUUCUACAAAAUACAUAAAGGAAACGCAAAUAUAAAAAUAUUAUUCUAUUGAAGAACGAUGAUAAUGAUGAUACACAAACAAUUAUAAACAAUUGAGGAAAAAGCGUAAACAAAUAUUAAUAUUAAUAUGUAUGAUUAGUACACUGAUGGGGGAUAAUAGUAAUUGUAUAAAUUUUACUAAUCACAUGCUCUAUUCGUUAAAAAUAUAAAAAAAAAUCGGAAAAAUAUGAAAAAUAUUUUUACAAAGUACUUUUUAUCUCAUUUUUAUUACAAUUAUCAUUUGUUUAUUGAAAAUGUUACUUUUUUGUAUUUUUAAACUCUAUUUUUACUUUACCUUUCUCUACAUUGAACAAAUAAAACUAUUUCGAAAAAGGAAGAAAACAACAAAAUAGAAUUAUGUUGAGAGAGGUGAAACAAGUGCGAGAACGGUUCGCGAUAGCAUCGUUUGCUCUAAAUCGAGAAAAAAAAUAACAGACUAGCGCAAGCCUGUCAUGGAAAGACGAAACUCUGAAAGAAGGCGGAAAACUCUAGGGAAAUGGAUCGCAGACAAAAAAAAAAGUUGAAAAGAGAAGUAUGACAUGAUGAUAAUAUUAUGCUACUAUACACGUAUAGACAUCCAAUGGAAUAAUGUAUAACAAAAUAUUAUUGCAAGAACAACACACACGUAUAUAAACAAUUAAAAGAAUGGAAAAUAAAUUAAAAAUAUAUAUGUUAAAAGUGGACAUUAAGUAUAUAAACAACAAAAAUAUCUUAAUAUAUAUAUGAACAAUAUUUAAUUUAACAGAAAUAUAUUUUAUGUAAAAAAUA